AUUUAAAAGUCUGUCAGUAAGCGUUGUGAAUCAAGUUGCAAACACACAUUCACUCACUCACAGGUAGUCAUCAGUUUCGUGUUUGCAGAAUUUUUGGAUGUGAAGAAUUUAUUGCAUAAGCCACAACUUUGUGCAGUUAUAGGAGGAAAUUGAUGGCGGAGGUGCAUAUCAUCGGACAGAUAUUGAGGGCGGAAGAUUUUGAAGAGUCUCAUCUCUUUUGCAAGUGGAGCCUUCAGUGUGGUUCCGCGUGGAAAGUUGUUCAAGGCAGGACGGAAGGAAGCACAUUUGUUUGUUCGAAUCCAUUGGAGAAAUCUUCGGAAUUUUGCUGCCCACUGGACAUACAUUUGGCAACUGGCAGUGUGCAAGGUUGGCCUAAAUUGCAUUUGGAAAUUUACGCAGUAAAUUUUCUCAAAAAUACCUGGCCCGUGGGGUUUGGAGUUGUUUAUAUUCCCAUGCGACCGGGAUUCCAUCGCAUUGAAGUCGACACUUGGAAAGUUGCACCCGUAACGUUUUGGGAUUGUGUAAGAGAAAGGUUUGGAGCUGGUGGCACUACACUAAGCAAGGAAGAUCUUAUUUUUUCGGGGGCAGAGAGAUACAAAUUACAAACAAAAUCAUCUGGGAGUGUUGUUAUUGAAAUUUCUUUGAUAUUUAGAAAGUUUUCAAAGUACGGUGUUGAAUUUGUUUAACCUUAACAUAAUAUAUCCCUCUCUGUUAAAAAAUAUGGUUGUGAC